UCAUGCUGCUUCCAGGUCCAGAGUGUCUCAUGGGUCCCUGUACGGCCUCCCAUUGCUGCUGUCUCCAUCGCCACACUCUGCCAUGUGCCACUUUCAGGUCUCCUCACACUGCUGGUGGGUUCCAUUUUGUCAUAGGGUGCUGGCAGAUUACGGGCCUCCCAUUGCUGCUGCCAGGCCCGUAAUCUGUCAUGGGCCCCUGUACCGCCUCCUCAUGCUGCUGCCAGGUCCAGAGUGUCUCAUGGGUCCCUGUACGGCCUCCCAUUGCUGCUGUCUCCAUCGCCACUCUGCCAUGUGCCACUUUCAGGUCUCCUCACACUGCUGGUGGGUUCCAUUUUGUCAUAGGGUGCUGUAUGGCCUCCCAUUGCUGCUGCCUCCACCGCCACACUGUGGUUCCACACUCUGGUUUUGGCCCCGUGACUGCCCAAAUGAGUGAAGUGUGCGGUGAUUCUAAGAUCAACGGCACUCAUCUGCAUGUCAUACUG